AUGGGUUCUCCAAUUUUCAUGCUAUUGAAUUUACUUCUUGAUCCAGAUGUCAACAAGAAAGUUGUUUUGCAAAUGGCUUGGUCGCAAGUCAAAGCUAUUGGUAUUGGCAAAGUACUAGCAGCACUCUUGAGUGCAUUAACCGUAGGUGUUUCUUCAUUCAUUAGAAUUCCUCAGAUUAGAAAAUUGCUCAUCAAGACCGAGACCGACAGAAUCAAGGUUGCUCAAGGGUUAUCCUUGCAGAGUUUGUCCAUUGACACAUUAAACAGCUUGGUCCACGUUGUUUUCAACUCACAAAACAAUAUCCCCUUUAUAAACUAUGGUGAAAGUUUGUUAUUGGGUAUUCAAAAUGCCAUUAUCAUCUUAUUGACCAGAUUUUACAGAAUCAAAGAUGAAGGUGAGUUGGCCAAUUUGAGAAAGCUUCCUAUUGAAGAGCAAAUCAAAUCCGUUCUCCAAGCAUUGGCAGAACCAAUUGGAGUUAUGGUGGGUGCAAUAAUAUUUUUUACAAAGAUUGCUCCAUCAAACUUGAUUUCAGUAUUGGAGAUUUUAAACAUUCCAAUCUCCAUCAUUGCCAAGAUUCCACAAAUCAACGCCAACUACAGAUUGAAAACAGUGAGCCACUUGAGUGAUGUUGUUUUGAAGGCCAAUGUUGUUGGCUCUGCAAUAAGAGUAUACACCUCCUAUACCGACUACAAGACAAAGGCAACAAGAAACAAGACCACUGUUGACGAAAAGAUCUUGUUAGCAGGCUACUCAACAUCCUUGGUGAUGAACUCAAUCUUAUUGGGUCAAUCAAUAGUUUACGACAAACUCGGCAGAGGAAAGAAAUUGAAAGAGGAAGAAGAGGAAGAGAAGAAGAAAAACAUUUGA